ACUGGAGGCUCCCGGACUCACCGAGAGCAUGCAAGACAACUGGCGAAUGUUCUUGGACUACCACCUUAUCCGCAUGAACUUUUGAAGAAGACACAUACCAAAGGAAACAAUGAGUUUGUGGAUCUGAAGUCUAAGAGAACAUAUGAUGCUGUAAUGUCUAAGAUCACAUCUGCAUCUCAACUUGUAGAUGAAUCUGGUGAGUCACCGACAGUAGAUUUUUCAAAGAUUUACAUGGAUGAAGUGGGUGGGGUUAAGAAGGCAUGUAUAUAUGGUCUUGGUUCUCAAGCAGUAUUCUAUGAGAACAUUGGUUCAUCGUCUGCUUCAACUACUCAACCUCAAGAUUGUAGUUUUGAUGCUCGAGUGAAGGAAUAUGUUCAAGAAAUGAAAGAGGAGAUGAAGCAUGAGAUGAGAGAAGAGAUGAGAGAAGAGAUACGACAUGAAUUGCAUGAAGAAAUGAAACAUGAAAUGCAGCUAGAAAUGCAAGAGCAAGUUGAUAAGAUUCUCCAAGAACGUUUGCCCAUCCUCAUAGCUGGGCUGCCUAAACCACCCCCUAGUACACUGCCCACUGGUACACCUCCAACUGGUACACCACCUUAGCUUAGACAUGACCCAUUAUCAAAUAAUGAUAUGAGUCAUUUAAAUUUUUCAAACUAUCCUAAGUAGAUUUUGCAUUGUUUGUUCCGUAUUUGGAUUUAUUUUGAACUCUUCAUCUUAGAUUUUGCAUUGUUUGCUUCCUUAUUUGGUUUUA